AUGGCCGAAGUUGAGGAGAGGCCGCGACAGACACCAUCAACAGAUCUAAAUCACGGUGCGAACGGGGUGAUAGCCACCGAAACCACCACGCGCGUCUCGUCAACAGCGUCAACACCUCCACGAUCCAAACAAUCACCUACUGCUCCAUCAACACCACCUGCCCCUAAUUACCCAGAAAUUCUGCGCAAAUUACCAGAGAAUUUGCGCAAAUUCUUUGUGAGAUGUUAUUGUGCGACAUGUUCUGUGCAAUUUGGCACGGUGUUCAAUGCAUGGAAAAGGGUCAACGACAGCUACUUUAUCCCGCGGCACCCAUUUGUGCAUGAUAUUGCCCAAUUUGCCACCGCUGGUGAGCCCAGGGCAGCACACACAGGUGGUGAACUGGAGGGUUGUACAAUUCAACCUUUGAGUUGCUUUUCGUGCGACUCUAUUUUUGCUGUCAAAUGUCUUGAAGCCCCUGACAACAAAUCACAAUACCAGGGUUGUUUGUUGUUCAAGGUCACACGCAUGUCAAUUUUUUGCGAAGUGACCGAAAAGCCUGUGGCACCUAAUGUGGUGGAAGAGUUGCAGGCCCAACCCGAUGGCAGUGACCGAUUCUCGCCAGUCGACAGUGCGGGGACUGAAAGACAGCCCAAUACGGUUGAAUCGCCGAAGCACUAUUUACCAUACGAUCCAGUCGCCUCGGUUGGAAAUUCUGAAGAGAAUGAUUCUAACAAUACAGGAGACCACAUUAGUCGCGAAGCAUCUGAGCUAAAUGUUGAGGCCGACAAAUCUAACGAGUCCGAAGAAGACGGGGAGCCCGAGGAAUUUGAAGAAAUUGAACAGACGCAGGUGCGAGAGCGGUCAGAGCCGGCCGAGGAAAGCGAUGUCAUUCAUCGCUUGCAGGCAAUAUCUGUGUACACCAUGGAAACCCUCACGAAACAAAAGGGGGAUAUCGAUCGCAUUUCUGGUGUUCUGGAUAAUGUACAAUCCGAAAUGCGAAAUGUGAGGCUUCUCAUAGAAGAAGUGCGCCGGGAACAGCAGACGCGACCGAUGCCUCCACCGCCCCCUGCACAACCUGAAGGCCUUCCCAUCGAGACUUUGGAGAUUUUCACCGAGAACAUGACCAGGAUUGGACAGAAGGCGAACGAAGUUGAAGGACUCAAAUUGCAAAUAGAGCUCAUGAAACAGCGGAUUAAACGAAUCGAGCGAAUAUCAUCUACUCCCGUACCACAGUUUACCGGCGAGCCAUAUCCCUUAAUAUCUCCAUCUGUUGCGCGUGACGAGUUCCUUUCUGGUUCGAGAGUGAAUGGACUUGAACUCAGUCAGACACCUGCCCUAAAUCCGAGAACACCAGGACUCCCUGCAGAAGUAAACAAUCAAGCAAUUGCAGAACCGUUUACUCCAGCUGGCGACGACCAGGGUCAAUCCACCCGCAGCGUGCGAAGACUAAGCUCCAAGAGAGAAUUGUCUGCAAUGGCCGAUCCGACACUAGAUUCUGCUCGAAAACGAUUACGUUCUGCGACACGUCAAGGAGGCAUUCCUGUCGGAGAAGCAGAGCAAGUCAGGAAUGUUGAGGCUGAAGCACUGAUUCAACCCGUCAACGGAAACCACACUCUCUCGGUCCCCGAUGUCUUGACUCCUCAGGCGACAGAUGUUGUUUCCCAUAGUAUUGCUUCCGGUGAAGCACAAGGUCAAGCUAUGGCCUCUCCUGCCACCACCGGCCGCCGGCGGGGAGGCGCCCGACGAGGAAGAGGCCGUCGUCGGUAUGUAUCCGACCCGUUUGUCCGGACCAAUGGCGAGGAUACAGAGUGGACUGGGUUCGACGACACCGCAAACGCCGACACCGCAAAGGCCGACACCCCAACUAUUCAUCGGAGAUCCUCGACACGCGGAGGGCGCGGAAGCCGACGAGGAGGCGCAACGACCUUGAAUGGAUCGCACACUUUGCCCCGCAUUCGGCAUUCUCUUGGAGCUGUUGAACCUGGUGCAGUAAUCCUUUCGAAUGGCGUACGACUUACAAAGAAGGGACUGCCAGAUAUGCGUGGGGAGGCGGUGCGUCGCCGGCAUGCGCAGAGAAAGUUGGAGCGUGAACAGGAGGAGCUGGCUGCUCGGGAACGACGACUAGCAGGGGCUUCUGGCAUUGAAGAGACUAUCGCAGUGGGCAAGCCCCCUCUCGCGCCCAAAAAUGAGCCUGCUUCAACUUAUACGAAUGGGGCGGAAGCUGGCCAAGGGGCAUCUGCGCAGCAGCCCUCGCGUCACUCCGUGCUCAUGGCUAAGAUUUUCCCCGAAGGGUUCGAGGCACAGCGUCGUCGCCAACAUCUGGCGUCGCAACUCUUCCCCUCUCCGGCCCUCGAGACACGCCGUGCAGAAUCGGCUGCUGUUGCCGCGGCAAGCUCUAUGGCACGGGAGGCGGCCAGUGCAAUCACUGCUGGUAAUCUCGGUCAUGGUCGUGAACGGGAGACUGAAGGGCAAGCUGAACAGGCUAUGCAAGCAGAUUAA